AUGCGCCUUCGAGUCGCGCUUUCCAGCCUACCGAUCUUCCGCAUUCGAGUCCCCACCAUGGCUGACGUCAUAAGGAGGCUCAGCAGACCGCUCGGCGCGCAGCAGCAAGCAGCGGCACUCGCGCCGGCACGCGCGGCUCCAUCGGCCGCCCCUACGCGGACCGCUCAGUCGCUGCCAUUUCCCACUGGCCUCGCCUUGCCUCUUCUUGCUCGAGCCGCUCUCCCGUUAGCGUCGCGACUCUCCUUUGCUGCUGCCCCCGCCGCCAUCACCCCCGCCGGCUGCUUUCCCCGCUGCCGAUCCGCCCCUCACGCGCGCACAGGCUUUAUCCGCGACCCUUCGUUUCCCGCGGAGUGCUCCAGGCGGCGCACACGUGCUUUGCUCUCCGCGUUCCGCCCGCGCGGAGCAUGCCGCGCGCAGGCGCACGAUAGCGCGGCUUCUGUGCCGACUCCAGAGAGUUCCGCGGCAGCUCCCGCGGGGGAAGGCUCCGCGGAGCGCAGGGAUGGCGGAGCGGCGGAAGCGACGGACGGCGCGGGGAGCGCGCAAGGGGAGCCGUUUUUGGUGCUCAACUUUUACCACUUUGCUGACGUGGAGGAUGCCCAUGGUGACGUGGAGCGGCACCGUGCGUUCCUACAGGAGCGGGACAUCCGAGGCCGGAUAUACAUCAGCCACCAGGGCAUCAACGCUCAGCUCAGCGGCCCAGCCUCACACGUGAUGGAGUAUGCCGAGUGGGUGCGCAGCGACCAGCGCUUCGCCAGGGUGCCGCUGCAGCUGUCGCCCUCCCCCAUCGGCCACGCCUUCCCGCGCCUCCGCCUGCGCUACAAGCCCGCCCUCGUGCAGGUGGCAAGAGGCAUGGAGCAGCUGUCUGCAGACCUGUGUGCCGCCACGCCCCUGUCGCCCGCUGAAUGGCGCAGCAAGAUCGACCAGAUGCAGCGGGGGGAGGGUGAGGGGGGUGGGGAGGCGGACGGGGAAAGGCGGCAAGGGGAGGACAAUAAGGGGCGUGGGGAGGAGGCAGUUGCGCGCACCAAGAAGAUAAUGCUGCUGGACGUGCGCAAUGGCUACGAGUGGGACGUGGGCCAUUUUGCCGGGGCUGUGCGCCCUCCGGUUGACAACUUCCGAUCCACCGAGUUCGGCCUGCAGGAGGAACACACUGCAGCCACCACAGAAGAGCAGCAGCAGGAGGAAGAGGAGGCAGAGGGGCAGGAGGCAUAUGACCCGCUAUCAGAAGCAGACAAGGAGGAGACAGAAGUCCUCAUGUAUUGCACAGGGGGCAUUCGCUGUGAUGUGUACUCCGCACUGCUCCGACAGCAGGGCUUUAAACGCCUCUACACCCUUGAGGGCGGCGUCGCCCGGUACAUGCGCGAGCAGGGCGGCGAGCACUGGAACGGGCGGCUUUUCGUGUUUGACUCACGGCUGGCUGUGCCGCCCAGGGAUUAUCAGGUCGGGGGGAAGGUGUUGCGGGCUGCGGAGGAGGAGGGGGUGGAGAGGGUUGGGGAGGUGCUGGGUGAGAUGUUGGGGGGGAUGAUGGGGGCGGUGGAAGGGGAGGAGGAGGAGAGUGUGGGGUGUCAGAGGUGUGGAGGGCGGUUGGAGGAGGUGAAGCAUCGCAACUGCGCCAACUCGGACUGCAACGCCCUCAUUCUAGUCUACUUCGCAUGUUUCCAAGCCUUUAAGAGUGCCUGCAGCACCAACGGCGCUGCUGCCCCCUGCCUGCUCCCCUUCCUCGCCUGCCCCAGCGGUUGCACCCUGCCCUGCCCUCUUCGCCCCCCAUUGCCAACCCCCCUGCUCUCCCCAUGCCCCUAUUUCCCCCACGGAGUCUGCUCCGCAUGUGCUCAAGCCAUGAAUGGCGCCUGCAGCACCGAGUGCGCCGCUGCCCCUCGCCUACGCCCCUUCCUCGCCCGCCCCGAGCCCUACCAGCGUCUGCACACCUACCUGCCCUCUGCCCGCAUCCCUCUCCUCGCCCUCCUCUCACCCUCCCCUUGCCCUCCCCUGCCCUCCUCCUAUCCUCUCCCCCCCAUCAGGUUCUGCUCCACGUGUGCCCAAGCUAUGAAUGGCGCCUGCUGCACAGAGUGUGCUGCUGCUCCUCGCCUGCGCCCCUUCCUCGCCCGCCCCGAGCCCUACCAGCGACUGCACACCUACCUGCCCACCGCCCCCCCUCCUCGCCCCCCGGGGUACGUGUCCCGCCGCGCCCUCAAGCGGAGAGCGCGUAAGGCCAGACGCCUUGCAGCAGCGGAGGGGGGUGAGGGGCAGGGGGCAGGAGAGGGAAGGGAGGAGGGUCAAGAGAUGGGUCGGGGCCAGGAGGUGGAGGUAGCUGCUUAA